GAUCGGUGCCGAUCAGUCCUCGAGAAGCGGUGUUUUGCGUCGGACGCAUUGCAGUAGCGGCACGAAACAGUCUGGUUUAUCGGUUGAUCGGUUGUGCUACAACCUCUCGGCCUCUUGAGUACGGUUAAAAGAAGCCAGCAACCAAACGGUGAUAAAGUGAAAGUGUCGUUCGAUUGCAGUGGACCGUUUUUCCAAAAUAUAACUGGACCAACUAGCUGGCAUACCUGCUUCUGGUUGCCCAAGUGAAGUGUUUGCCGCAGCAGGAAUUUUCGUGUGUUGGCUGUUCACCACCAGUCGCCGAGAGAAAAAUAUUUCCCUCACAGCAACAAGUUCUUCGGACGGUCGAAAAAUCGCACUUCAUUUAACGGCGGCUGGGCUGACCGACAGUUGUAUUUUUAGCUUUUGAAACAGUUCGACACGCUUCGUCGAAUUACUAUCAAUAUCCACACGCUACCAUCCCUCUGACGAUUGAUAAUUAACAACAUCAUCGGCCGAGCCUUCUUCUACGUCGCCACUUGCGAAGCCACCGUCGUCUCUUCGCCGUAAGGAAGCUGUUACAAAGAGGCAGACAAAAUGAGUCGAAACGCUUGGGUGACACUGGCCACCAAUGAUUCCUACUCCCUUGGAGCUCUCGUGGUCGCCCAUUCGCUAAAACGUGUGCACACCAUCCAUCAGCUUGCUGUGUUGAUAACACCCGGCGUCUCCGAGGCGAUGAAGACGAAGUUACGCAAUGUCUUCAACGUGGUAGAGGAAGUGAACCUGCUCGAUUCAAAGGACGAGGCAAAUCUGGCGCUUCUGAAGCGCCCGGAACUGGGUGUUACGUUUACGAAGCUGCACUGUUGGCGUCUGACACAGUUUGACAAGUGCGUGUUUCUCGAUGCUGACACGCUCGUACUACGCAACAGUGAUGAGCUGUUUGAGCGCGAGGAGUUCUCGGCCGCGCCGGACAUCGGCUGGCCGGACUGCUUCAACUCGGGCGUGUACGUUUUCCAACCUAACGUGGACACCUUCUCGAGCCUGCUCAAGUUCGCUGUCACCAACGGAAGCUUCGAUGGUGGUGACCAGGGCCUGCUGAAUGCGUACUUCUCCGACUGGGCUCAUAAGGACAUCCAGAAACACUUGCCCUUCAUCUACAACACCUCCUCGGUGGCGACGUACUCGUACUUGCCUGCAUUUAAACACUUUGGUCAGAAUACGAAAAUUCUUCACUUCAUCGGCGUCGCCAAACCGUGGCUGCAAAACUUCAACUCCGAAACGCGCAAAGUUUACGUCCCGUCCGAGUGUCAGCAUCUCGCCAACUUCCUCCAGUACUGGUGGGAUAUCUUUGCCGACGACGUGCACUCUCGGCUUAGCCCGGACAUGAGUGGCCUUGCUGGAGCACUCGCUCAGUUGCAUAUGGGUGAAGCAAAGUCCCAGGAGCAGGAAGCAUACGAGGAACACAUGCGCCGGCAGUGUUGGGAAACGGGCAACAUAGACUACAUGGGCCGGGACUCGUUCGAUAACAUCUGGAAGCGCAUCCAGGAAACCUUGAGUGCCGGUACCGCCACCGAGACUCCAGUGGCACCGGCGGCGAAAACGGACCCAACACCCCCGACGACGCCUCGCGCCAGUCGAAGCCGAUCGUCACGGUCGCGCUCCACCACACCGAAGCGGGAUCCCCGGGAUCGUUCGCCGACGCCGCAGCCCGAGGACAAAGUGCCAGUCGAGAAGAAGGAAGCGUACAACACAAUUUCGGAAAACCCCCAUAGGAAACAUUAAGGUUCAUCCUUUCGACCGUAACCGAUUUCGAAAUAAACGAAAGAGAUUUAAUAAACAAGAGGCAUACUGCAAUAUAGGACGAAUCACUGCCAUCGGUCCCAUCCAUAUCCUUCGCGCAUCGGAUCACACUUGUCAGGGGAAACACCGUUCAAUAGUUUUGAUCAAUCAUACUCAUAUGCGAACAACCUUCGGAUGUUAGAAAAAAAUCGAUGUAUCGUCGAUACAUUCAGUUCGUGUUGUUAACCGUGAUGCAUGUAAAACCGAAACCAUCAAUGCUGGAUUGA